AUGACCUCCUUUGUGACUAUGCCUGCUUUAAGUAACAAGGACAGACUGGGGAGGCUGUCCCAGCUCACCCAUUUCUGCUUACAUACACUUGCUCUCAGGGUAAAGUUGCCCGAAGCUCAGAGAUGCAAUGUGGUCACCCUUAGCCUGCGUGCCGCUGCUCUCCAACGCUGCGCCGCCGCGGCCGCGCGGGCCGGCCCUCGAGGCUUUCUGCACUCCGUCCCGGCCCCCGGCCCCGCCGCCGCUGUCCUGUCAAUUCGCUGCUACUCCCAUGGGUCUCAUGAGACAGACGAGGAGUUCGAUGCUCGCUGGGUGACAUACUUUAACAAGCCGAAUAUCGAUGCCUGGGAAUUGCGCAAAGGGAUGAACACACUCGUUGGGUAUGAUCUGGUUCCAGAGCCAAAAAUCAUCGAUGCUGCUUUACGAGCGUGCAGACGCCUAAACGAUUUUGCUAGUGCCGUUCGCAUCCUAGAGGUUGUUAAGGACAAAGCAGGACCUCAUAAGGAAAUCUACCCCUAUGUCAUCCAGGAACUUAGACCAACUUUAAAUGAACUGGGAAUCUCCACUCCAGAGGAGCUGGGCCUUGACAAAGUGUAAACGCCCACAGGCGGGCUUCCCAAGGAUUUAUUGGUAUUGCUACUUGCUUGUCAACAGUCACCUGGAAAUACUGAAGAUAACAUAAUUACCUUUUUGAACCCGUUUUCCUUUAUUGAGUACCAAACCAUGUAAGAAUAACUUGUGUCUUAAUAAAAGGGAAACGAGUUUCAA